AUGGUUAGUAAAGUAACAUGGUUCUUUAUUGUAUUUGGUACGGUAUAUUUUCUCGAAUCAAUUGGCGGAUUCUAUAUGACCAGCGCGGUUGUGUUCAUUGAAAAACAAUUUCAAAUUCCAUCAAGAUUAAGCGGAACAAUGGUGUCAGCUGGAGACUUUGCGUACAUUCCCAUCGUCAUUUUUACUAGCUAUUUUGGAGGAAAAGGAAAUCGAGCUCGCUGGAUCGGAGCUGGCUGUAUUCUCAUCGCCAUCGCCAACUUCAUGAUCGCCAGUAGCAAUUUCUUGUUUCCCGUUGAGAAGGUGAACAUGACGACCAACAUCAAUCCGAUUCUCGCACACCAAGUCGAUAGGAAUCUGGUGACAAGAGAUGUGAAUUACACCGAGCACGAGUGGCUCGAGCAAAUUCAUCCGUUGACAGAUCCGCACAAUAUCGUAGUUACUCAAUAUGAAGGAGACGAGAAAAACGAUCUACUUCAGAAGUACGUUGAAUUCUGCUAUUAUAAUAAUGGUUCGAAAAUAUGCAAAGAUUUGGAGGAUCAAAUCUCCAUGAAAUUUCCAUUGACUGAGGCAAAAUUAUCAAGUGUUCGCGCGAUGAUCGCCCUUCCUUAUGGAUUCUGUCAUUCGAUGUUAAAUCUUGUCAGAGCUGAACACUACGCAUGUAAAGGAACUGAGUCGAAUCUCGGCCCAUUCAUGAUGAUAUUCGGUGGAUUGCUAGUUCUAGGCGUAGGCAGAACAAUGCCAUUUUCGUUGGGACUCCCUUUAAUGGAUGAUAACGUCAAAAAACAUAAUUUGCCCCUCUACUUUUCCUUUAUGUUUUUCGUGAAAAUUCUUGGUCCGGUUAUCGGCCUUCUUGUCGGUGGCCAGUUGAACAAACUCUAUUAUGAUUUCAAUCCUCCACAGGGCCUCACGCCGCUUGAUCCGAUGUGGAUCGGAUGCUGGUGGCUCGGAUUCCUCAUCUUCGGUGGUUUGCUGUUCGGACCCUCAGUUGUUCUUUACCUCUUCCCUUCUGACGAUUUGGAUGUCGCGGUGCCGGUGAAGCCGGGCGAGAAAGCAAAAAAGCGGCUGAACUUGGUUGAUCGGCAUAUUCGGAAAGACUCGAAAGGAAACGCGGUGAUGCCGGAAAGUCUGGCAGAUAAAUUUAAUGAUUUCAAAUCGACUAUUGGAAAUUUGCUGAAGAAUAAAAUAUUCGUCGGAUCGAUGUUGGGUCGGAUUGUCGACGUUUUGGCAUUCAAGGGAUAUUUCGUGUUCAUGGCCAAAUAUAUGGAAUUGCAAUUCGGCGUUCCACAAUACAAAAUUCAGCGCUAUAUCGCAGGAACCGGAAUUGUCGGCUUCGCCGUCGGGGUGAUGCUCGGAAGUUUCACAUUGAGAAAGUUCAAACUUCAAGGAAGAAAAGCGGCCGCAUGGGUCGCCGCGUGCAGUCUCGUAGGAGCUCUCAUCUCAUUUAUGAACGGCACGGUUGGAUGCAAAUCAGUGAUCGGAAUGAUCGGAGAUCAAGUGAAGAUAAACGGGCCAAACUUCCAAUCAUGUAGGAGCGACUGCUUGUGUGAAGAAACGCCAUUUUACCCAGUCUGUGACAAGAGUGGUGAGGUCUUCUAUUCGCCAUGUCAUGCUGGAUGCGCUCUCGGAUGGAAAGGCUACAACAUUUUCAACACCUCAAUGCCAGCAAGCACACCAUUGAUUUUCGAAAAUUGCACAUGCGUUGAAAAUAUGCACCAGGAAGUGAGCCGUACAUUCUGCAAGACGGAUCAUUGUGAAUCCGAAAUGGAUCGAUUCUGCCUUCAUCAAGCAAUCGGUGCCAUAUUUGGCGGGCUUUCAGUGGUCCCUGGAAUGCUAAUAGUAUUGAGAGCCGUCCCUCCCGAGCAUCGAAGCGUGUCGUUGGGCUUCAACGGGUUCCUCGUCAGCCUUCUCGCCACACUCCCAUCGCCAAUUAUUUGGGGCAAAAUCAUUGACAUGUCUUGCGUGUUGUGGCAGAAGACGUGUGAUUCACACAGCUCGUGCUCAAUCUAUGAUACCGACGAGCUCAGGAUACGACUUCACGUGAUUUAUGGUUGCCUGCGGAUCUUCUCGCUCCUCUCCGAUGUUUGGGUGUUCAUCUGGGCCAAAGGUCUCAAAUUAAUCGAAGAGUCCGAAGAAGAAGGAGAAGCGCGACCGAAAACCGAGAAGAAUGACGUGAUUGCGAAUGAUACUCAUGAGCUUGAGCAGCUCAUCGAACCAUACACUACCCAAUAA